GCCAUGUUUUCGACUAAUCGUGGGACAGUUGGAGGCUUCUUCCUGGCAGGCCGGAGUAUGGUGUGGUGGCCGAUUGGUGCCUCCCUCUUUGCUAGUAACAUCGGCAGCGGUCACUUCGUGGGACUGGCUGGAACUGGGGCAGCAGCAGGCAUUGCCACAGGAGGCUUUGAAUGGAAUGCCCUGAUACUUGUGGUUGUCCUGGGAUGGGUGUUUGUUCCGAUCUACAUCAAGGCUGGGGUGGUGACAAUGCCAGAAUACCUGAGGAAGCGAUUUGGUGGGAAGCGGAUACAAAUCUAUCUGUCUGUCCUAUCUUUGCUCCUUUACAUUUUUACCAAGAUCUCGGCUGACAUCUUCUCAGGAGCCAUAUUUAUUAAUUUGGCUUUGGGGCUUGACUUGUACUUGGCCAUCUUUCUCCUCCUGGCCAUCACUGGUCUUUAUACAAUCACAGGGGGCCUGGCAGCUGUGAUCUACACAGACACCUUACAAACUGUGAUCAUGCUGGUGGGAUCCUUCAUCUUGACAGGUUUUGCUUUUAAUGAAGUUGGGGGCUAUGAAGCUUUCAUGGACAAGUACAUGAAAGCCAUUCCAAGCAAAGUCUCUGAUGGGAACAUCACUAUCAAGCCUGAGUGCUACACCCCGAGGGCAGAUUCAUUUCAUCUGUUCCGUGAUCCCAUCACUGGAGACCUCCCCUGGCCAGGCCUUAUCUUUGGUCUGGCCAUUCUUGCCCUGUGGUACUGGUGCACUGAUCAGGUCAUCGUGCAGAGGUGUCUCUCUGCCAAGAACAUGUCCCAUGUGAAGGCCGGUUGCAUAAUGUGUGGUUAUCUGAAGCUGCUGCCCAUGUUUCUUAUGGUGAUGCCUGGCAUGAUCAGUCGAAUACUCUACACAGAUAAGGUAGCCUGUGCCCUUCCUUCAGAGUGUGAAGCCCAAUGUGGGACCAAAGUAGGCUGUACCAACAUUGCCUACCCAACACUGGUGGUGGAACUCAUGCCGAAUGGUCUUCGUGGUCUGAUGCUUUCCGUCAUGUUGGCCUCCCUCAUGAGCUCCCUUACCUCCAUCUUCAAUAGUGCCAGCACUCUGUUCACUAUGGACAUCUAUACCAAAUUCCGGAAGAAGGCAUCUGAGAAGGAACUAAUGAUAGCAGGAAGAGUGUUCAUCCUGGUACUAAUUGGCAUCAGCAUCGCUUGGGUGCCUAUUGUGCAAUCGGCUCAGAGUGGGCAGCUAUUUGACUACAUCCAGUCUAUCACCAGUUACCUGGGGCCACCCAUCGCUGCUGUUUUCCUGCUUGCUAUUUUCUGCAAGAGAGUCAAUGAACCGGGUGCCUUUUGGGGGCUGAUUUUUGGACUCCUUAUUGGAUUGUCUCGAAUGAUCACUGAGUUUGCCUAUGGAACAGGCAGCUGUAUGGAGCCCAGCAACUGUCCCACGAUAAUUUGUGGUGUUCAUUACCUUUAUUUUGCCAUUAUCCUGUUUAUAGUCUCUGUCAUCACAAUUCUAAUAGUCUCCCUCUUGACCAAGCCCAUUCCAGAUGUGCAUCUUUACCGCCUGUGUUGGAGUUUGAGGAACAGCAAGGAAGAGCGAAUUGAUUUGGAUGCAGAUGAAGAGAAGGAACUUGCAGAUGUUUCUGAAGAAAAGUUGGAAAUUGACACAGAAGUCCCUCCAGAGGAUAAGGGAUGCUGCAGGAAGGCCUAUGACUUGUUCUGUGGACUGGAUCAGCAGAAAGGCCCCAAAAUGACCAAGGAGGAGGAGGCUGCCCUCAAGAUGAAAAUGACAGACACAUCAGAGAAGCCCUUGUGGAGAAAUAUUGUCAACAUCAAUGGCAUCAUUCUCUUGGCUGUGGCUGUCUUCUGCCAUGCUUACUUUGCAUAGAUUCAGCUGACUCUCUCCUUCAGACUAGGUUUCCAAAGUCCAGCCUUCCGUCCUUUCUCUAUCCAUUGGAUUCCAUGCAGCACUGUCAUGGAGAAGGAAAGAGAAAUACAGUUGUAAAUUAUAAUGAAUGAUAUGAGUGUACAUAUUUGUAAUUAGAGCCUAUACAAAUGAAAAUGACUUUUUAAAAUCUGAAACAAAAUGAUGGUGUACAUACUAAAGCAAGGGGGAAAGGCCACUUGAGUUUUCCUAGUAAUUUGGUAUGAUUCAAUUUGAUGGCAUCAACAUAUAUAAAAUACCUGCCUUUGUGCUAGGUGCUAGGGAUGUGAAAAUCUGAUGAAACAGUUCCCAAUAAUGGGCAGAUUUAGAGACUUUGGUUGCCAUGA